AUGCCCGCUCUUGAAACUGACGAGUUCGCUAACCUCGUCAACCUCGCCGAUGAAUUCUACGAGCUCGACCGGUCCCUAUUCCCCUUUCGAGCUAUGGGCGGCAAUGAAGUACGAAAAAUAUAUGACCUGCACCCUCUGUGGUUUGACGAAGAGUAUCCAAGCCGACGUGAUCUGCGCGGCAACUACGUCGCAAAUUACAUAUUCCGUCAACUGAAGACACAGGCUAAACAAGCAGAACCUCGUUUUAAAGACCUUACUGCUAUGUUUAACAAGCUUCCUAUGGAAUUGAUUUACGAGAUUUUUGAACAUCUUCAUCCUUUUGACUUGUAUACGAUGAUCCGGACUACGAAAGGCUUGAGAGCAUUUCUACUCAGUCGUAAGGCAUCUGGUGUAUGGGUUGGAUCUUUUGCCCGUCAGCCCAGCAUUCCCUCGUGUCCUUUCGAUCUUUCGUACCCUAAGUGGGUCUCACUAUUGUUUGGCCCGAGUAGAUGUGAUGAAUGUAAUCACCGGGGUGCGAUGAUUGACUUUGCCAUUCGCCGCCGACUUUGUGAUAACUGCAUGGACGACGAGAGUGUUUUUCAUCAGCAUGAAAUGCCCUCCAUCCUGAAAUCCGAGGAAGAGUAUGAGACGUUACAAACGUUGCUCCGAGGGAGCCAUCGAAAUGAUCCCAUUACGUAUCCAGAUCUUGACGAGUACACCGGGGAAUCACGAUAUUUGGAAAGUGAAGUCCUAGAGAGGAGUGUCCAAUUGCGCGAGCAUCUUGAUGCAAUAGGCCAGAAUGUUCCCGGGGCGCAGGACCGGUAUAAACAGUUCAAAUCGGAGACCUCGCGAACCAUCCAAGAACUCGCUGAGCAUGCCAAAACUUGUGAUCAAUACUUUGCGGAAGUGUUUGAAACCAUUGAUAGCGAGUACGAUCUCGUCCUACAGAAUCUUCUGCCUAGGUGGACCGACGCACUGGCCUGUCUGGGACACGACUGUCAAGAUAUUGCACAUGUGCAAAGUCGACUCAAGUGGAUGCUGUAUUAUGAUCAUGUCGACAGGUACAGCGACAAGUUACUCCGGCGAUACCUACGUUGGAUUGAGCCGUCCUUAAACGAGGCCUGGGCAAAUCGGCUGGUGAAGGAACAUGAAGAACGAGUGGUGGAGCGAAGAAGGCUCGUCCUCGAGUUCUACGGCCGUUAUUGUUCCUCAAUAGGCGCUGUAACCCGGCAAUACCUGCCUAAUGUUGAACGAAUCGGCCAACUCAAAAGCAUCUCCAACUUUAUCUACAAUCGUAGCGAAGUCGUUGGGGAUUUCCCGGUCGUCGCUGUUACGAAGGAAACCGAGGAAUUCGUGGAGGCUUGGCUGGCUUUCGGGAAACGCCAUCUGUGCAAUGUUCUAUCUCACACGUCGUUGCCGUCCUCGUCCGGUCUUGCGGACGAGAGGAUGCUGGAGCUUGCGACGGCCGUCUUUUCUUCUCGCCUGAGCCUUGACUCUAGCAUGCCACGAUCAGCAAGUGGCCUAAUCGGAUGGGCCGACGUAGGAAUCUACUUCGACCGUCUUGUUUCUGAUGGUGCUGCCGAUUUCUCGGAGGAAGGUGGAGCUCACAUGUCCGACCUGCAGUUCGAUAAGGAAGGAUACCUGGCUGUGCAGCAUAUCCUCGGGCUAUUGGAAUUGGACGUGGAUUCGACACUGGCGAGUACUGUCGACGCCUUGAAUGAACGUUUCACUUGCACCUAUUGUCCAUUAUUGACCAGCAAGUCGACCUGGAGACCCGUCAUGACUUGGAGAGAAUGUGUCUCACACUUCUUGCACGAAUCUGACCACCAUCAGCAAGGGCCACGAUUUGCUAUUCUUUCUAACGAGCUCAAGAAAUCGGUGUUGUUCCACGAGGCCCCGUUUCCUCCACCCAGCGAACCCCAGUGGUGCUGCAAUCACUGCGGUGAUUCCAUUGCAAAGAGCAGGAUGGAUGUGGUUGCCCAUCUUAAAGCACAGUUUGUGUAUCAUUUUUUACCGGUAGACGCUGAGCUUAUCACUGACGUGGCAGACACUCGAUUUAUCGUCCGGUCUCCAAUGUAG